GCCACGGCUCUCCCCCCGGUGACGACGGGGCGCGAUAGAACGAGCGCGGCAGCGAGCGAGCGAAGGAGGCUGUUGGGCGAGGAAAGAGGUUCCGCUCCUUUCCUCGCGGCAUUGCCGGAGAGCCGGCGGCUGCAGUCGCAGAAGCGGCAUGGCCUGGCGCGGCGCGGCGCGUCUCCACCGCACCGACGGCGGCACAGCAGCGGGAGCCACAGCGACUGGCGGCGUAGCGCCGGCAACGUCGACGACCACCGCGCCGCAUGCCCGUCGCCGCACUCGGCCACUUCUUGGAUUACAAUGUUGUCCUGACGUCGUCGUCGCACCAGUGUGCCCCUUCGUCGUAGACGGCCUCCUCCUUCUCCUCCGCCCUGUCACUGUCGUCACGGCUUGGAUGCUAGCGGCGCAGCCGAGCAGCCGGAAGCAGCAGCAGCAGUGCGAGCGGCGGGCCUGAGCGCCGUUCGGCCCGCCUGCAGAAGCAAGAAGCGAAGAGACAGCGAGACAGGCAUCGUCACCGGGCCGCGCCCUGUCGCCCCGUGCGCUUGUCUUCAUUGAGAAUAAGGAGAGCGCGGAACUAGGCGCCCAGUGGCCAAAGUGGCCGGCCUCGCGCUGGAGGCGGCCGAGGCGUUCGCGCUGGAGCCGCAACCCCCUCAGACGGCCACCAAGAUCGGAGACCUGGACCUGGCCAUGAGCUCGUACUUCACCAACUCGUACCUGCCCGACAUGCGGCCGGCAUCGGGCGGCGUCGUCGUCGGCAACGGCGGCGACCACUACGGUCCCCCGCCGCCGCAACAACAGCCGCAGCCCAACGGCGACCACUGCGACCAGCGACAGCAGCAGUACCUUCAGCAGCACUCGUACGGGGGCUCGCCCCAGGGCUACCCGCGGUUCCCGCCGUACGAUAGGCUGGAGAUCCGCGCCAUCAACAGCGCCCCGAACUCUCCCAGCCCACCGAGCGGCUACUACGGUAACCACUGCGGCGUGCCCCCGCCGCCCCCGACGCCGCACCAGCAGCAGCAACAGCCGCCGCAGAGCAUGACGCACCCGAGCGCGUACGUGCCCGCCGCCGCGUCCGUGGACGGCGGCCAGAACUGUCGCGGCUCGCCCAGCGAGGCGCCCGUGCCGCCGGCCAUGGCGCAGUACCCGAGCUGCAAGAUGCAGGGGGCUCCCCUGGGCGCGGGCGACCUGCCGGCCCGGGCGGCCUCCGAGUGCGUCCCGCCGCAGACGCCCGUCAUGCACCAGGCGGCGUGCGGCAGUCCGCCCGGCGUCCACCACUCGCCACCGCAGCAACAGCUCUACUCGCCCAGCCACGGCGGCAUGCCCCCUAACGGCCAGCCCACGCACAACUCGGGGGCCAUGCCCAGCCCUCUCUACCCAUGGAUGCGGAGCCAGUUCGAGCGAAAGCGGGGCCGCCAGACGUACACGCGCUACCAGACUCUGGAGCUGGAGAAGGAGUUCCACUUCAAUCGCUACCUGACCCGGCGGAGGAGGAUAGAGAUUGCGCACGCCCUGUGUCUCACCGAGCGCCAGAUCAAGAUCUGGUUCCAGAACCGGCGCAUGAAGUGGAAGAAAGAGAACAAGGCCAAGCUGGAAGCCGGCCUCGCAUUGGGACACGGGCCGCCCGAGCUUACGCACCACCCGGACCACGGGCCGCAGUGAGCCGACGUGCAUCUCCAUCGCCCCCCGUUUUAUCCUGGCUUUUUUUUUUUUUUCGCCGUCCUCCAACCACCACAAAAACUUGCGUUCGUUACCCCCCGCCUUGUAGCAGUCUGCGCGCUAAGAGAGCGAAUCACGCGGUGUCUAUGCACACACACACGCACGCACGCAUGUCUGUACGACAGUUUGCACAAUUCCUCGUAUAAGUAUACUCGCACGUGUGGCGCCUGCAUUCGCGUGUCUGCACAGCUGCCCCGACUGUUCUUCUUGCCGUAUACGUGCAGCAUAUGUGAGCUGCAGGAAAAGCGAGCCUGCUGUGAGAAUGAAGACAAUUUUCCCGGGGACAAUUUAUUGGGGAACUUGCCUGAUGUUAGUUCCGCGCAUUUCAUCCAAUUUUUCGAAGAGUUUUGCGUUUCAUAACUCUUAUUUCGAGGUCGCGGAUAAAUCUUGAGAAGUUUGUUCUGUAUUAUUCCUGCGUGAAACAUCAUGCCACUCACAGCGGCAGGACGCUCACGCGCAGUGGCCCAGUUGUAAAGGUUAAUAUAGGCCACCUUGUAUGACCCGCUGUCAAAUGUUGAGGCGUACAUGCGCUUGCUUCGAAAGCGUCGGGUCGUUUGUGAAGCGAGUUCAACCUGAGGUCUAUUGCUUGUAUAGCUUUCUUUUUGUUUGUAGAGAUGGACAAUAUAUACUUGACUAUGGCUAGCGAGAGACCCAUUAGUUAUCGUAGUUCCUUGCUCAGGCGAGGAAGCCACCAUAUUAUGUUUCUCCUGUGAGCACUAUCAUGAGUGCUCAGGAGAAGCAUUGAGGUCAUGCCUCUUUUACUGGAAUCUGCUUAAUCAGGGUUGCCAUGGUGCCAUGCAGGUUGCGAUUAACUAACACAAGGUAGCAUGCAUAUCUGUUUCUUGAGAGGUGAAUAACAUUUUUGUUUGCGGCCCGUAGCUAAAGGGUGUGCAUUACUUUAUCAGUCUGCUUAGUUGCAUCAGAUUAACUUGCUUCCUUCGUACAGAGCACAAGUCAAGCAAAAGGCUCAUAAUCAUCCAUUACAGCCCCAGCUCUGAGUACGAUCGCUUAUGCGAAAGUUCAUGCGAGAGAAAAAUUAAGAUUUCAAUAACAUUAUUCUCUAAGUACACUUCGCUAUUUGGAGCAUCAAACACCAUCCUAGUGCUGCAUAACGUUACUUCUUUUGUUUUCUGGCAAAACUAAGAAGCGGAAUGCUGUCCCGGUACACGCAACGAUGUUAUUAGAGUUAUGGCACACCGUGAUCCGCGAUGCGCUACUCUGAUGAGUGGUCUGCGCCUGCGCGACUCUAUGUACAGCGGCAGCUCCUACGGAGCCGACGCUUCGAGCCAACUGCGCAUGCGCCAGCUCCGUCUCGCGGGUGGCGUCAUCCGCCUAUUGCUUGGGUUGUCGGCGCCGUAGGAGCUGCAGCGGUAGGCGGAGCCACGCAUGCACAGACGCUUCAUCAAAGUAGCGUAUCGAGGAUUACGAAAAAAAAAAGUUUCUUAUGGUGCUUCGUGGCAACCCAUGGUAUUAUCUACAUAAGUCAUGCCAUUAUACGUAUUUUGUUUCUCUGACGCAUACCUUCCACCUAUACGUAAAAGCUACCAAAUAUUUUUAGAGUAUUUUCAUUUAAUGAUGAUACAUUCUAUAGAGUUGCUCUAUCACUAGGAAUGUUUACUAUGCCUGACAUACGUAGUGCAUAACUCAUCACGACCUUUUAUUUUUACACGAAUAUAACGAAAUAUUUAUUAAAUAUAAUACGCUCGACUACAGCAGCGUUACUAAACUUGAGUUGCACAGUCUAGUGCGAUACACCGUUCAUACGUGUCUACUGUGACCUUUACGCAUAAUAUACGUUUAUAACGGCGCUCCGACUCGUCCGGAAAAUGCAAACGCCACUUAGUGCAAUAUCUGUGGUUCUAUCAUUAACACACUGACAUGCAACUGUGCAGUUUACCUGAUCAUAUAAUCAUUCAGUGUGAAUUAGCUCGGCACUUCGUACCUCCACAUCCCAUCUCUUCCUCUCCCCUCCCCUGCCUCGUAUUUUUAUGUCGAGUUAAGAAAUUAGCGUUUAGGGUGAAACACAAUGGCGGUCUUCAGGCGCUGAACACGUCAGCUACGCUACAUCAGACAUCUAGGCUACUUUCUUUGCCCUGAAUUCAGUGUUAGUUCCUGGUUCAGAGGUAGGCGGCUACGCAUAGUACAAACAAAAUUUGAAAGGCAUGAUCGGCUAAUGGUUCACAGGCCGAGCUGUCUUCGGUGCCGCUAGAGUGGCAGCACAGUCCGAAUUAGCAUCCAUUGUGCUAGCUCAAAUGGCACUCUAUUAGAUUUUGUUUUACAAGGUGCAAUUCAAGCUUUCCCAAGUGAGCAGUCGCGAAUAUUGUGCGCUCGCUGUGCUAUUUUUCAUCAGAGUAAUAGACCUCAACACUAACCAGGACUGGAGCCUACCUGUGUUCCGCUGUUAGGCAAAGUCAGUUUUCACGUAGUUGACAUCCCUGCUUCGUUUGAGUACUGUACUUCAACAGUAUACUCAGGUGCCAGAGUCACGGAAUGGGCGACCUUGAAGCCACGCCACCGCGCAGCAAGGAUGCCGUGUACUUUCUUUUUUUUUUUUUCUUCUCAGAGGUAAUGGCUACAAGAAGGUAAAGAGAGCAGGUUAGAAUGACGAACCGCCCACACUGCGAAAACAUUUCUUUUCUGUUGUUGUUAUCCGCUCGAUUUUUUUUUUUUUUUGCCUUCCCUCCCUUUUCCGCGAAAGGUCCUACCUCUGUUUCGAGAACUCGUUACAGAAACACGCAAGCCACCCUGCCCCCCUUUACGCUGUGAAUGCACACGGUUGUGCAUUCGCGGGGCAAGCUUUGGAAGGAUGGUCAGUUCUCGCCAGCGCGAACCCCACCGCGCGGCCACAUCGGCGCCCCCCUAGAGAUACCAUUGUGGCGCUUGCGUGGGCGCACGCCUUUGUGUCCAAGUAGCCAGGCGGCGCCUUCUUCUUCGUCCACCCCUCCCGUCCACCCCCCCACCGAGCGCCACAUGCUAGCGGCCACCACGCGCAGCGCACCCCCUGCAUGUACCCCUGUUGCGCAACCACAGCAAGAAAAAAAAAAGCUUGGCGAGCGAGACCACCACACCACCACCAAGCAACAUCGGCCCGGGUCUGGCCGGUCCCGUGAACAAAAAAAAGUGACACGACGCGGGUUUAAGGGUCGUCCGACGGCUGCCAUUUCGCGCCUGGCUCAGCAGCUGCCGAUCUUCGUCUUUCUUCUCUGCCUGUCUGUGUUCCUCGAGAUUGCGUCUACACUGCGGGCGCCACGGCAUUGUACACACAAGGCGCGCAAGCCCGUAUAGCUUUCUUCUCCGCUGGCGCUUCCGAAGAGGUGAUGUUCGGGGAAUGCAUCCCACACCGCGCCUUCACCGUGAGCGGAGUAAGGGAUUCUGCAUCUUCUCGAGGCAGGACGGCUCGAACAUCGACACUGUUCUGCUCCUGGUACUGCUGAAGGAUCUCCUUUCUGCUGCUUCGCCACUGACAACAGCUUAUGUAUUCGCAUGACAAUGUACUGCACGCUGGCAACUUCGACACGCUAUGGGCUCGACUCCAGCCGUCUUCUGCACCAACGCGACAUCUGAACGCGACGACACGCCUGCAUA